AUGGGUAGUGCACCGUCGGUGCAGGAUCACCUGCAGAAGUGGGAGACCGCGCUCGGGGAGCUCGAGCAGCUCUGCUCGGUCAAUCGACGCCUCAUGGGCCAGGACCGCAUUUACGGCAGUGGGGUCGCCUUGAACGACCCUCACAGGACCACGGAUGACGAAGCCACCUCCGACCGAGGAGGAGCUCGGCGGCCAUCAUCUCUCGUUUCCUUCAGCCCCACCGCAACAGCAGUCACACCAGAGGGGGGUAUGGGUGUCAGUGCGGGCAGUUUCCACAGACUAAACCGCAAUAGCGCCUCGACGGCUGUCACAGCACCAAUACCGGAGAGCCGCACCGGCUUUGGAUUUACGGCUUACAGCGGCGCGCCUGGCGCCAGCACGGUGACAACUUUGAACUUCGUUCAGGGCGGUGCCACUCCCCUGCCUGGCAACGCGACAAACGACGCGACGAACAGGAGUGCGGGUUCUGCCUCGGUUGGUCAACAGCAGUCCAAGCACACCCGUCAGCAAGUCCUCGAGAUCCGAAAAGCGCGCAUGAGCCUCUUUCGCAGCUACGAAACUGAAAACCCGGAUGCGCUCACUGACCUCAUGCAAUGCAGCCACUUCGGCGCUGCUGCCGUGGCUCUCUCCUACCUACUCGGCGGUGACGCGAACUGCAAGGAUCGCCGGCGUCGCGUCACCCUCGAAGACAUUUUCUUCGCCACACAGUCCCCGCUCCACAUGCUGCACUCCGGAUCGCCACAUCUGCCGAUCAUGACGGGCAUCAUCCGCGAGUUCCUCGACGUCGAUAACCGCUUCAAGGGCGAUUACAGCCUAGAGGCGGUGCACCUUGACGUGUCGCCGACGAUGGGGCAGGUGGAACUCGGCCCGAACGAGGUGGGUGACCGGCAGACUCGCAUGCAGCUGCCGGAAUUCCAGCGCCUUAUCACACAGGACUGCGAGGAAGAGACGCAGGCGAUCCGCAUCGUCAACUACGACCCGUACGUGCUGGAGCAAGCGAUGCUUGUGGACGCCUUCGAAGACGAAGACGAACUGAACUCCCCGCUUGCGACCUCCGUGCUAGGGCCGAAUCCGCACCAUAUGGAGCGGCAGUACUCCCCACGAAACGAGGGUGCGUAUGCAGUAGUAGUCGACGUUCGCAACGCCGUUCAGCUUAUGGUGACCAUCGCUGAGGGCGUUGUGAACGACUCGCUGCACGUGAAGCUGAAGGAGGUACCCGUGGCGUCCCUCUUCAAGGCAAUGAUGACGGCCAAGGAAGGCCAUCGCGCGCACGGCUUCAUUCGCGUGUUCAAGAAGGAGCUCAACCCGGAGUUCACCACGGACGAGAUCAAGACGUUCUGGACGCCAGAGCUGCUCAGCGGAAAGGUGCUUGGCACGACGCAGCUGGGCACGAACGCCGUGGCCAUCUCUCAUCACAUCAGCCCCCACAUCGUUGGCGUGGCGUGGGCGAUGCAUCUGCUGGCCGGUGUUCGCCCUGGCACGCACGGGUACGGCAACGGCCUGCCGGUGUCUGACAUUAUCCGGACCAUGAAGCUGCCAGCCGAGGUGUUCGUGGAUGGCGUACUACCUCUAGAGCAGGUGUACGAGUACGCCGCCGGCUACGUGCAGCGGUCGAAGCGCGACGUGGACGUGCACCUCUACCCGGUGCUCACGAAGAUCUUCCGCGAGGACGCGGUGCCGACGAUAUCGGUGUUCGACCUCGAGUCCAUCCUUAUCAACGUGAAGGACGCCAACGUGGACCCGGAGUGCCCGGAGCAUGUGAUGGUGAUAAUGUACAAUGCAUGCGUGGCGCACAAUGUGCUGUACAUUGUGGAAGAACCGCAGUGGUGUGUGCUGGCCGGCUACGAUCAGGAAAUGCAAACGGCCGUGCUGAUCGAUGCCCACCCGAAGACGUUUUCGCACACCUGGUCGUGCCCGCUGGAUCGUCUUCACAAGGCCAUGACCGGCAACGGCUACCUGAUCUUCUCGAAGCGCGGCACGAAUCCGGCGUCGCGGCGCGUUGGUGCCCCAGCCACGAUGGCUCCCACAGUGGAGAGUCGACUUGAGCUAGUGGAGCGCCAGCACGAGCUGAAUAGCUCUUGGGAAGGCAAGACCGCAUUUGCCGUGCCGAAGGCGUUCACGUUUCCCUCGCUGCCUGUCAUGCCGACGAUGGUAGCCAUGACAUGCACCCGGCUCGGCGUUCCGACCACGUUUGACGACGUGGUGCAACGCCUUCCGUUCGAAAUCUCUGCCCUGGUCAUUCGCAACCUGACGCUGGAGAUCAUGCACGUGUGCCUGACACAGUACUUGCGCGUGGUGGGGUUGCAGGACGAGGUCCAAGUAAAGGCGUAUCAUGGGGAAAGCAACGCGGACGGGCUCCUCACACUGCAGCUGCCGCAGCUCGAGGAACUCAUCCAGACGUCACUCGACGGAAACCAUCUCCUGCUGUUGCACUUCGAUGCCAGCCACCUGCUCGUGAACGGGGCCUCGCACCCGUUCGGUACCCUUGGUAUGGUCGUCGGCUACGACGCGGGGCUCGGAAGCGUGCGCGUGGCGGACGCGAACCCCAACAGUUUCCUGCGUGAGUGGUCGGCACCGCUGCUAGAGGUGUUCGAGUCCGUGCUGGACAGCGAUGUCACACGGAAGCAGCGCACCCGCGGCGUGCUGCGCGUCUCGCGUGCUGCCGCACCCUCGGCUGCGGCAGGUCCGGUGUUCGCGCCGCCGUGCAGCCGUCCUUUCCGCCUCGAACUGCUGCCCGUUCUGAACGUCUUCCUUGUUAGCCCCAGCCCCCACUUUCAAGGGAUGUCCUUCGCCUUCUCGCAACUGGGAUACUACUACAGCCCGGAGGAGAUCUUCUACGAGGCGUACCUGAAGACGAUGGAUGAUCAGCGGCGGCGCGGCAGCCAGGCCUUUGCGUGGCGUGAUGUCGAGGUGUCGCUGUCGAUCAUCAACAAAAAGAUCGACGCCUCUUUCAUGGCGGAAGGGUGCCGGAAGUUCCUCGAAUCGCGUAAUGGACACCAGAGCGGGACCCAAGAGACGAUCUCAGUGCAGGUUCUGGAGGACAUCGACGUGGACGAGGAGCUGGACGAGCUUCUGGAGAAGUCUACGCGGUCCUCGGACACGGUCCUUCUGCUGAACUACGACGUUCUGCGCACGCACCAGCUGUCGAACCUCGGCCGCAGUGUGGCUAUCGUGAAGAGCUACAACAAGGAGAAGCAGCUGGUCGAGCUGUGGGAUGCCGAGUACGCCGUCUUCGGCCUCUCCUUUGUAGUAACGAAGCAGCAGCUCGUCGAAAUGGGCGAUCUGGAGAACGUCGGCUCCAGCCCGUACGGCUUUGUCCAGUUCAAGCGUGUUGCAGCCGGCGCCGCCCCAAAGAAGCUGGGCCUUAUGUCUGCGCCAUCAACACUGGAGGAGGAAGCCGAACUCGAGGCGGCGGCCACCGCGGCAGAAGUAAGGUGA